AUGGGUGACUACUCGAAAGCACUUGAAUUUUACGAAAAAGAUGUCGAAAUCGCGAAAAAAGCUCUGCCUCCGAAUCAUCCCUUAUUGGCUACUUCCUACAACAACAUCGGUCAAGUGUAUAAGAACAUGGGUGACUACUCGAAAGCACUUGAAUUUUACGAAAAAUCACAUAAAAUAAAAGAAAAAGCUCUGCCUCCGAAUCAUCCCUCAUUGGCUACGUCUUACAACAACAUCGGUCAAGUGUAUAACAACAUGGGUGACUACUCGAAAGCACUUGAAUUUUACGAAAAAGCACUUAAAAUAAGAGAAAAAGCUCUGCCUUCGAAUCAUCCCGAUUUGGCUAAUUCCUACAACAACGUCGGUCUCGUGUAUGACAACAUGGGUGACUACACGAAAGCACUCUCAUUCUUAGAAAAGGCACUUUCUAUCUUGCAAAAAUCACUUCCACCUAACCAUCCUUAUAUUAUAAUGGUCACAAACUCAAUUGACUAUGUAAAAAAGAAAAUGUAA